AUGGCCGCAAAAGACGCUCAAACCCAUGUUGGACGUGGCUCACGCCGAGCUAAGGCUGCUGAUAGCUUGGAGCGACGACCCGUUUUCAAGAGUGUGUUGGACAACCCGUUUCAAGUCGCCUGGCCUUCUGCUCCGGCCAACAUCCAAAACCUUCUUCUAUCUCACACCGUCCAAAUGGUCGAUGGUGUGGCCGCCUAUCAUGACCACCGAGAGAAGAUCCACCACCUCAAGAGAAAGGCGCUCCAGAUUCAAGAUCGCAACGCCAACAAGCGCCCUAGACGUGAAAGCCGUACGGACUCCAUGGAACGACCAGAAGAAGGCCUGAAUAGACCGAAUUUGUACGCUAGCCUCGACCACCUCGACUCAGCGCACUCUAUUCCUCCUCCAGUUCUGUCGUAUAUGACAAUAGGAAUCAACGAAGUGACGAGGCAACUGGAAGGCCACAAUCGCACUCUGCGCAGGAGUGGAUCUCUACCUUCCUCCGCGGAGCCCACGCCUGUUGCCGCCCCAGCGCCUCCCUUGAGAACGCCCAUCCAGCUUCUGUUGGUAUGCCGAGAAGAUGUCAACCCGCCGGCACUUGUUGCACACCUUCCGCAACUCGUUGCAUCUUGUAACUUCCAGACUGGCGUCCCUCAAGGCGGAGAUCAAGGCUACCCCGUGAAGCUUGUGGUUCUCCCUCGCGGCGCUGAAGCGACUCUAUCAGCCGCCCUUGGUCUCCGCAGGGUCGCCGUACUCGCACUCCACAUGGGAAUGCCAGGGAUCGAGAACAUCACGGGCCACAUCGAUGACCUUCCGCCGCUACAUGCGCCGUGGCUGGUUCCGCUUCAAUCGCGCCGUUUAGAACCGACACAUAUCAAGCAACUUCGUACCACAGCGCCAAAGGACAUGAAGAAAGCAAAGGAACUCCGAGCGCAUGGACGUGCCGAGGCCAAAAAGCGGAAGGUCACCCACAGAUCUGACCAUUAA